UAAUAAUAAAGAUUUAUAAUAAGGAAUUUCAUAAAUAAACAACAAUGCUAGAUAACAAAAGCAUGAUAGUUAUUAGAAUAGUCAAUGGAGUUGACUUACGAGAGACUCAAGCAGAACAUGUUAGUUCAAGGUUGUGUUGAUUAUUCUGAGAAGAAUCAAAUAAAAAGCCAACUUCUAACAGCUGUUUUCGCCAUGGGAAUAAGCUAACUCACAUAACUUUAGCCAAAUUCCACGGCGAUCUUUCGUUUACCCGAGUACCUAUUUAAAUGCCUGCAUUUCGUGUUUGUUUGUCCAUAGCAAAAAAUCAUUUGAAAGUAGAAAAAAACAGAAAACUUCGAAUUUGCAUGAGAAGUUGAUAAAAAAAAAAAGUUAUGGAGGCGAGGAAGCUGUGUUUCUUGAUGGCUUUUGUCCUUCUGUUCGUCUCGAUGGAGGUCGGCACCAUUCUUGCCCAAGGCGACGACAAUGGUAAUAACAAUGGCAACGGCAAUGGUAGUAACAACGGUAACAACAACGGGAACGGCAACGGCUCCAACAAUGGUAAUAACAACGGCAAUGGGAACGGGAGUGGGAAUGGCAACGGUAACGGGAAUGGCAACGGAAACGGUAAUGGGAACGGAAACGGGAAUGGGAAUGGGAACGGUAACGGGAAUGGGAAUGGGAAUGGGAAUGGGAAUGGGAACGGGAACGGGAAUGGCAACGCAGGCGGAAGUAAACAGAAGCCGCCUCUGAACGAUGCGGCUUCGACUAACUACACACCGUUAGCGCCAUUGCCAAACACGCAAGAAGAAAGAGCUUUCUGCAAAGCAAGAGGCAAAUGCAAUUUCAAGACCCUCACAUGCCCUUCUCAAUGCCCUCAAAGGAAGCCCAAGAAGAACAAGAAGCAAAAGGGAUGCUUUGUUGACUGCAGUAGCAAGUGUGAAGUCACUUGCAAAUGGAGAAGGCCCAAGUGCACCGGAUAUGGCGCCCUAUGUUACGAUCCACGCUUCAUCGGCGGCGACGGCGUCAUGUUCUACUUCCAUGGCGCUAAGGGCGGCGAUUUCGCCAUCGUCUCCGACGAGAAUCUCCAAAUCAACGCGCACCUCAUCGGUACUAGGCCUCAGGGGCGAACUCGCGAUUACACGUGGGUGCAAGCUCUAUCGAUCAUGUUCGAUGCGCACACACUAACCCUAGGAGCCAAAAAAGUCCGACAAUGGAGCGACGCCGACGCGCUCAUCGUGAAGUGGAAUGGCGAAUCGAUCACCGUCCCGACCGACGGCGAGGCGGAGUGGAGGGCAAACGGCGCAGAGAGAGAAGUCGUCGUCGAGAGGACCGACGACGUCAACACCGUUAGGGUAACGGUGACGGGAUUGGUCGAGAUCGACGUGCGCGUGACUCCAAUCGGGGAAGAGGAAAAUAGGGUUCACAACUAUCAAUUGCCUACCGGUGACGCGUUUGCCCAUCUCGAGACGCAGUUUAAGUUUUUCGAUUUGUCCGACGAUGUGGAGGGUGUUUUGGGGAAGACGUACCGGCCGGGGUACGUAAGUCCGGUGAAGAGAGGAGUUCCGAUGCCGAUGAUGGGCGGAGAAGACAAGUACUUGACUCCAUCUCUCUAUUCACCUCUCUGUAAAGUUUGCAUUUUUAAGAGACCUUCAAUUUCAGUUGCUGUUGUUUGAUUUGUAUAUUAAUCAUUUGUUUUGUUUGUUUGAUUAUUAUAAUUAAUAAAUGUACCAUUAUGUGUCU